AUGUUUCCAAACAGAUCCAGCCGGAACAGGACAGGUAUAUAUGCCCUCGAAACCUGGACAGUUCGAAGGGUGACCAGGACAGGUUGUCAAAAAGCGGAAUUCCUGGUGCUUCAUAUACACGCCUCUAAGAUCUUUGGCUUAACCCGGCUGGGCGAAGAAGACGGUCCCCGGGUAAAUUUGCAUAGAUUCAUGUCAAAUCAUGAGGCUGGCGGCGAGCUAUGUGCGGCAGAAAGGCCAGAUGGUCGAUAUGGCGUUGUCAGUUUGAGACAGUGGCUUAGCAAGCAAGAGCCUCGACCGGGAAGACGGGGCGCCCAACCGGAGGAGACGCUCUCACCAACACAAGCGAAGGCGGCAGGCCCGCCAACCCGGUUUGAGAGUGAAAAUUGUGAACGAUAUACAGGUUGCACUGACGAUAUUAAACUUAGCCUUCCAGAAGCCAUCAUGACAUGCACAGAAGGGAAGAGAUCUCGGAAAUCUCUCAAGCAGAAUGGGAAAAUGCCAGGAACCCCUGACAUGGCUGAAUACGCUGCUGUGGGAGAGGAGCUCACGAUGAUGUUCCUGCUUACCAUUGUUCCAACCCCAGAUUUCGUGCCCAGCCCCCAGAGAUUUCGGCCCCCUGGGGAGGCGCUAAGAAGCUUAGACCAACCACCAACUUCAUGGCUUCUAACACUUACGGAUCUUGCCAUAGAGCAUCUUUUCCACAGCUUCAGCCACUCGUUGAAACUUUCGAGACAUGACAGCGAAGCAGAACACCUUCACCUCGGCUCGAGCUGGCCAUGGUCCCGAUUUUGCAGGAUUUGGCAAGUCGAAUGGUCUUCGGAGGAGAGGAGCUGUUGA